AUGACGGACGAGAUCGAUGUUGUUACCACCAAUCAGGAUUUCACCCAGGUUGAACAAUCCGGCACGGAAACGGCCGGUUCCGGUGACCGGAUUUAUCUGGUUUGGCCCGGAACCCAUAGGAACAUGUCAAAAACGGUAGCCGGAAACGGUUACCGCAUUUCUCCAUCGAAUUCUUGGGAUUUUCUGGGUGGGUUCCGGUCAGAAACGGCGAGUUUCCUCAAGGAUUUUGUCGAAAGUUCAUGGAAUCCUGCUUCAGGAACCAUUGUCUUGGGCAUGUCGUAA